ACACAAAUGACCAUAAUCACUACAUUUAGCAGAUUUAGUAAAAGACCGCUUUCAAUACUGGACUGCUAAGAACAAACUUCUAGAGAGAACAAGCUACUUAUCUAGGAUCCAUUGAGAGAGGUUAAGUCUGUCUGGCCUCAUUUUCUCUUGUUCUCGCUCAGGCUCCGAUCGGACGGUAAAAGUGUGGAAAUUCUUUCCGUAUGUUGAGGAAUGUUUCAGUCUCUUCCUAAGUCUUUCCUGCUCACAGCCAGUGGCGAACAUGGCCAUCCUGAAAUCUCUGCUGUUUGUGGCAUUCAAUGACCCAUCCACAGCCACCUACAGCCUCAUACAGUACAAUCUAGAGACUCAGACUCGAGAAGACCACUUGCCGGGUGAUGACCAUCAGGACCAGGUCACAGGUUAGAAUGAUUUAUCAGAAUUCAUUACUACAAGUAACAUGUCCAAUAAUAACAAUUAAGGGUUCAUUCUAAAAUCUCUACUACUCUGAUACCUCUUGUGCAAUCACCCUCUGCUGUCUGCCCCAUGUGCAAUUGCCCCCUGCUUUUUGCCCCAUUAGCAAACACCCUCUGCUGUCUGCCCCAUUAGCAAACACCCUCUGCUGUCUGCCCCAUGCGCAAUCACCCUUUGCUGUCUGCCCCCAUGUACACUCACCCUCUGCUGUCUGCCCCAUGUACAGUCACCCUCUGCUGUCUGCCUCCAUGUGACAUCAUUCUCUGCUGUCUGCCUCCAUGUGACAUCAUUCUCUGCUGUCUGCCUCCAUGUGAAAUCAUAUUCUGCUGUCUGCCUUCAUGUGACAUCAUUCUCUGCUGUCUGCCUCCAUGUGACAUCAUAUUCUGCUGUCUGCCUCCAUGUGACAUUCUCUGCUGUCUGCCUCCAUGUGACAUCAUUCUCUGCUGUCUGCCUCCAUGUGAAAUCAUUCUCUGCUGUCUGCCUCCAUGUGAAAUCAUAUUCUGCUGUCUGCCUCCAUGUGACAUUCUCUGCUGUUUGCCUCCAUGUGACAUAAUUCUCUGCUGUCUGCCUCCAUGUGAAAUCAUAUUCUGCUGUCUGCCUCCAUGUGACAUUCUCUGCUGUCUGCCUCCAUGUGACAUAAUUCUCUGCUGUCUGCCUCCAUGUACAAUUGCCUUCUGCUCCAUGUACAAUCACGCUCUGCUGUCUGCCCCAAUAUACAAUCACCCUCUGCUGUCUGUCUCCAUAUACAACCCCAUUCUGCUGUUUGCCCCCAUGUACAAUCGCUCUUUGCUGUCUGUACCAUUUACAGUCACUCUCUGCUGUCUAUCCCAAUAUACAAUCAACUUCUGCUGUCUGCCCCAUGUACAAUUAACCUCUGCUGUCUGCUCCCAUGUACAAUUAACCUCUGCUGUCUGCUCCCAUGUACAAUCACCCUCUGCUCUCUGCCUCCAUGUACAAUAGCCCCCUGCUGUCUCUCCCCAUGUACAACCCUCUGCUGUUACAUGGUUACCUCCAAAUCAAUAUUUCUUAGCUGUGUACUCCACAUAGGGUUGCCACCUUUUUUUUGGGGGGGGGGGAGGGGGAAAUACCAGCUGUGCUAAUUUGCAUAAUUAUGUAUGUGUGAUGUCACUGGACACGACGUCACAGGAUGUUGCUUAACAUUUGGAAGAGGAAAGUUACAUACAGACAUACAGUGAUAUACAGACACAGACAGUGUCAUACAGAGACAUACAGACACUAUCAUACAGAGUUAAAGGACCACUAUAGUGCCAGGAAAACAUACUCAUUUUCCUGGCACUAUAGUGGCCUGAGGGUGUCCCCACCCUCAGGGACCCCCUCCCGCGGGGCUCUAGGGGGAGGAAGGGGUUAAACUUACCUCUUUCUCCAGCGCUGGGUGGGGAGCUCUCCUCUCCGCCUCUUUGGCUGAAUGCGCAUGCCGCGCAUUCAGCCAGUCCAUUGGAAAGCAUUUACAAUGCUUUCCUAUGGACACUGGCGUCUUCUCACUGUGAUAUUCACAGUGAGAAGUGCGGAAGCCCUCUAGCGGCUGUCAAUGAGAAAGCCACUAGAGGCUGGAUUAACCCAUAGGUAAACAUAGUAGUUUCUCUGAAACUGCUAUGUUUACAGAAAAAAAGGGUUAUUCCUAGCUGGACCUGGCACCCAGACCACUUCAUUAAGCUGAAGUGGUCUGUGUGCCUAUAGUGGUCUUUUAACCUCUUAAGGACACAUGACAUGUGUGACAUGUCAUGAUUCCCUUUUAUUCCAGAAGUUUGGUCCUUAAGGGGUUAAACAGGCACAGACAUUCAGAUACAGUCAUACAUAGACAUACAGACACUGACAUACAGUCACUGACAAACACAGUCAUACAGAGACAUACAGACACUGACAUACACAGACAUACAGUCACUGACAAACAGUCAUACAGAUACAUACAGGCACAGACAUUCAGAUACAGUCAUACAUAGACAUACAGACACUGACAUACAGUCACUGACAAACACAGUCAUACAGAGACAUACAUACACAGACAUACAGUCACUGACAAACAGUCAUACAGAUACAUACAGGCACAGACAUUCAGAUACAGUCAUACAGACACUGACAAACACAGUCAUACAGACACUGACAAACACAGAGAGACUCAGGCAUAUAAUUAAGAAAUAAAUAUAAAUAUAAAACAAGCAUUUAUUUCUAUGUCCCUAAUUGCUCCCAUCUUCAUUACUGGCAGGACUGCUCUCCCUCUAUAAACCCUCCCUGCAGAGACCUGGCUAUUUACAAGUUGUAUCUCUGUGUCCUAUGGCGGGGGGCAGGGGUGAACACUGCAGAGCUGUAAAAAGCUGCUCUGUCUGAUAACCAGGUCGGUGCUGGAAAGGCAGGAGGCAGCCACAGCACACUCAGACCAGCACUCCUAACUGAGUGUGAGUGAGGAGAGGAGGCAGGAGGAAGGGGGCGGAGCUAAAUAUCGAUCUGAGAGGAUCUGCAAGUAUGUAUCCCUCCCCACUCUCCCGGAGUCCCCACUCUCCCCGAGUAUGUCUCCCCACUCUCCCUGAGUCCCCACUCUCCCCGAGUAUGUCUCCCCACUCUCCCUGAGUCCCCACUCUCCCCGAGUAUGUCUCCCCACUCUCCCUGAGUCCCUUCUCUCCCCGACUAUCUCUCCCCACUCUCCCCGAGUCCCCUCUCUCCCUGAGUAUCUCUCCCCACUCUCCCCGAGUUCCCUCUCUCCCCGAGUAUCUCUCCCCACUCUCCCCUUUCUCCCCGAGUAUCUCUCCCCACUCUCCCCGAGUCCCCUCUCUCCCCGAUUCUCUCUCCCCACUCUCCCUGAGUCCCCACUCUCCCCAGUCUCCCUGAGUCCCCACUCUCCCCGAGUAUCUCUCCCCACUCUCCCAGUCCCCCCCACUCUCCCGGUCCCUCUCCCCUCUCCCAGGUCCCUCUCUCCCGAGUAUCUCUCCCCACUCUCCCAGGUCCCCUCUCCCCACUCUCCCGGUCCCUCUCUCCCAGGUAUCUCUCCCACUCUCCCAGGUCCCCCUCUCUCCCGGUAUCUCCCCACUCUCCCCCCCUCUCUUCCCGUAUCUCUCCCCACUCUCCCCAAGUCCCCUUUCUCCCCGAGUAUCUCUCCCCACUCUCCCCGAGUCCCCUCUCUCCCCGAUUCUCUCUCCCCACUCUCCCUGAGUCCCCACUCUCCCCAGUCUCCCUGAGUCCCCACUCUCCCCGAGUAUCUCUCCCCACUCUCCCCGAGUAUCUAACCCCACUCUCCCCGAGUAUCUCUCCCCACUCUCCCCGAGUAUCUCUCCCCACUCUCCCCGAGUAUCUCUCCCCACUCUCCCCGAGUAUCUCUUGCCACUCUCCCCGAGCAUCUCUCCCCACACUCUCUGAGUAGCACUUCCUGUAACGGAACCGCUGGCACCCACGACCGGGUACCUUCCGCCGACGGAUGCUCCUAGUGCUUUCCGAGGACUCCAAGCACUCUGCCCGACACCAUAACCACUGUAGACCCCACGAACCGCCGCAGCUUGGUUGGGGUCUCACUGUCUCUACCCACUCUGGACCCAAGACCAGGGUCCAGCUUCCAGUAGGUUGACCUUUCUCCGAAUUCCAGAGAGCAGGAACAGGAACAGGAAUAAGCUCUUAGCAGAGCUUAGUGAUUAUGCCCUGGGGAGUAUAGUGAUUAUAGCAAUCCCCAGAGUGUAGUUUCUCCAAUUCCCCAAACAUGAGCCGAAACUUCUUGAAGGUACAAGAUGAUCGGAUCCUUUAAUGGCACAUACUCUGCUUUUAUGUAAUUCUCCCCUGCAAGGGAGACGCCCACAGACAAUUAUACAAUACCCAAUCACACAAUGGUUACAUCCCACACAUCUCCUCCCCUUAGCCUGAGAGGUAACCCAAUUAUCUAUACAUUUUAAAACACACUUUUUACCCUACUUUCCUAACUCCAAAACUAUACAUCCAAUAUUAAUAAAACUUACAUAUUAUUAAUCAGCACACUUUAAAGGACCACUAUAGUGCCCUGAGGGUGCCCCCACCCUCAGGGACCCCCUCCCGCCCGGCUCUGGAAGGGGGAAAGGGGUUAAACUUACCUUUUUCCAGCGCUGGGCGGGGAGCUCUCCUCCUCCAAUCCUCCUUCUCUCCUCCCCGUCGGCUGAAUGCGCACGCGCGGCAAGAGCUGCGCGCGCAUUCAGCCGGUCACAUAGGAAAGCAUUAUCAAUGCUUUCCUAUGGACGCUGGCGUGCUCUCACUGUGAAAAUCACAGUGAGAAUCAUGCAAGCGCCUCUAGUGGCUGUCAAUGAGACAGCCACUAGAGGAUUAGGGGAAAGGCUUAACCCAUUGAUAAACAUAGCAGUUUCUCUGAAACUAUGUUCAUAAAAAAAUGGGUUAACCCUAGAAGGACCUGGCACCCAGACCACUUCAUUAAGCUGAAGUGGUCUGGGUGCCUAGAGUGGUCCUUUAAACAUAACCAUAACCAAAAAUCAGCCAAAUCCAUCCAGGGGUUAAAAAGUUAGCUGGAGGUCCCUUUAUGACCAACCGCAUGCACAUUUUCCUGCCAAAAACAGUUCCAUAGAUUUUGGGCAGGAAAAUUUGAGCUGAAAAAACGACUAAGUCCCAUCGCCGAAUGGGACUUAGUCUCUGCAGCUGUAAUAUCAGUAUGGGAGAAGGUAGAGCUCAGCGGUGUUAGCAGAAAUGUGUAGCCGAUUUUAGUUCCAUGAAUUUGGCUACACAUACCACUGACCUCGUUCGCAUUAACAAAGAUGGCCGCGGCCAUGUGUUCGGCAAACGAACAAAGGCCACCCAGCGUUCGGUAAUUAAGCUGCGGUUAACCACAGCUUCUGGGAGGUAAAUUGCCGACACACUUCCACUUCUGGGUGGUCUGCCUGUGUGGUACUUGGUUCAGUAAGCCCCAUUUACUGAACCAAGUGGGAAAUAACCCGGCACAAAGGGUUUUAAGCAGGUCUGGGGGCACAGGGGACACCGUCUUAAAGGGGCAGUGUCCCAAACAAGUCUGGGGACACCGUCUUAAAGGGGCAGUGUCCCAAUUUUCCCUAUGCCCCAAAAAGGUGCUUAAAGGGCCAGCACCAGUCCCAUAACCCACAAGGCAGGUCUUAAAGGGCCAGCAGCAGCACAAGAUAAAUCCAUUAGCACAAAUAAGGUUUGUAAAGUGCCAUACAACCCAGGGCCGUAGUCAUGAGGCCCUGGGUUGUAUGGCAACCUCAGGCUCCUCCAACAGCCAGGGGCAAAUGGCAACUUGUCACCUAAAAAUCUAGUGACGAAAGGCAUUUCAUCACACUUCCCACUCUGCCUGAGUAUCUCUUCCCACUCUGCCUGAGUAUCUCUUCCCACUCUGCCUGAGUAUCUCUUCCCAUUCUGCCUGAGUGUCUCUUUCCACUCUCCCUGAGUAUCUCUCCCCACUCUGCCCGAGUAUCUCUCCCCACACUCACUGAGUAUCUUUCCCCACUCUCCCUGAGUAUCUCCCCCACUCUGCCUGAGAAUCUCUCCCCAGUCUCCCCUGAGUUCCCACUCUCCCUGAGUAUAUCUCCCCCACUCUCCCCGAGUAUCUCUUCCCACUCUCCCGAGUAUCUCUUCCCUCUCUUCCCACUCUCCCCGAGUAUCUCUCCCCACUAUCCCCGAGUAUCUCUCCCCACACUCACUGAGUAUCUCUCCCCACUCUGGCUGUCUCAGGGUCAGGGAGCUUUGGCAGAGAUACUUGCAGAUCUGGGAGAGCCUCUCAGAGUUUCAGCAGAAAGAAAUUCCGGCCACUGCAUUGCUGGUAUUCCUGCUGGUUAAAUAACAGUCAGGUGGCAACCCUAACUCCACAUACAGCUUGCCUGUUAUUUUCCAUUAUUUAGUAUAUGGGAAAAUUUGUCCACAGCUUUAUUUAAACAAUCCUGAAUAAUAACAAUUUAUUAAUUAUAAUAAUAACCAUAAUAAUAUUUUAACAAAUAAACAUGGGUCAUUGCCCCCCAUACUCUGCCCUCGCAUCCGAAUCCUUCUGUUGAUAUAAAAGGCAAUGACCCCCAUAUAAAUAACACAUAUAUAUAUAUAACAUAUAUACCAACAUAUUCCAACAUACCAACUUAAAGUACCAAACAUAAAUUAACCAUGGCAGGAGUAUACCCGGAUACCCCUACCCCACCAGGUUCUGAGCCACCGACAGGACUUGAAACCUACCAACCACCAAUGACCACAGUUUUCCGUCUCCAUGACGUUCAUCCCAGGGAGCCUAUUUCUUCUCUUUCAGCUCCCUAUCCCGCCACAAGCUCAGACCUUGACUCCUUAAGCUGUCUGAGCUCCGCCACCCCGAAGAAAUAGUGCUUUGAGUAUUCCGUCCUGCCAGCCCAGGGUCAACAAAUCCCAACCCACUGCCGAGAGAUGGACACCGUCCGAGCGGUAGUACCCUGGCAACCCGCCUUCCAACUCACUGUGCCGUACUACCACCCCCCUAAUUUCCUCACAAAGCUUGCCAUCAAGCUAUUCACUUUCUUUCUACACCUGUCAAUAGCUGCCGGGUCCCUAGCGUUCCGCCACCGCCUCCUCUGGACAAUUUCGACCAUACCAACAUCACUCCAGGAAGCAGGUCCCUUAGAUUGUUACGGUUCUGCUUCAUCCACUUCACCAGCCGUCGUUGCGGUGUUAGGCCUAAGUCGUUGUCUCCCGCAUGGAGUACCAGCAGGUCUGGCCUUUGCCCGCCUGCCACCAUCCGGAACACCACCCAGCAAACCUCCCCCCAACAAAAACCCCUGUAUCCAAACCAUUGCACCGCCAACUGAUCCCUAGGAAAGCCCAGCUUGUGGCCCUGAGCUCGAGCUGGUGCCCUCCUUUCAGCCCAGAAGAUGAAUGAAUGGCCCACGAUCUAUACGACACGGCCUGGGGAAGAGAAGAAAACAGAUCGUAAAAACCCCCUUUUCGCUUUCAGCCCCCUGGGAUACCCAGAAGGCCCCCACCUUACUAAUCCAAUAAACCCAGGCGCACAUACGAAUUGAACUGCACUGACUCCCAUCUCCCAAUCUGCUUUACUAUGUCAUCACCCAGACCCAACCGUGUUGCCUCCGUGGCCGCCCCAAUGCGAAAGGAGUGUGUACCAAACUUAUCCGCCCGCAGUCCCAUCUUCCCGAGGCCUGACCGAAAAACCUUAGUGAAUUUGAACCGGGAGACGGAAGACCCUUCCGCGUGUACCAAUAGUGAUUCCCCAACCCCCGGCCUCCGUGCCAGGUACCCCGCCACUGGGCACAGAGUGGAGCCCGGCAGGGCCCGUAGUGUCACGUCCCGGCCCGCGCCCUUUACGUCCGUCUCGGAUUUUGCCAGGUGUACCACCAAUUUCCCCCCCAGCACUCGGACCCCCGACACCUGUAGGCCCCCGGCCGCCGCUUGCGUGUCACUCAUCAACUCCCCUAACCGGAAAGCUCAGAAAAAAGCCAACAGAAACGCUGCCUGGAACUGCGACGCUUCGAACCUGUCAAAGCAAAUUUUUGGCAACAAUCUGACCAGAUCCCCCAACACUCGCAACGAUACCGGGCGUCUAGUGUCAGGAAGCCUGCGGCCCAUCCAAUACCCUUUUAGUUGCUGCCUAAUGACAAAGGUCUUAUGACAAAGUAAUAUCCUCCUUCCCGUGUAGCUUAACCCAGAAAGCCAUCGUUGCCAUGGACUAGUGAACCACCGCCGGGGACGCCCCCUUUGCCAGAAAUUGACAGGUGUACCAGAGGAACGCGUCCGUGAGCGAUUCCCCCACAAGCACGCGGUCCAGCCCUUCCCAUGACCGUUCCCAUGACUCCCAGACCUUACUGUAUGCGGCCCAAGUCCCCCAAACAGGACGUACCUAGCCGCCAUAUAUCGCGCCUGCCGUGCUUCCGGCGCCACCGGCCGCAGUCAGGACCACUGAAAACGAGAGAGAGCAUCAGCCACUUCGUUCAUGAACCCAGGCACAUGGCGCGCGCAAAAAACUACAUUUAGCGACAUGCACAUUAAAACGAAGCGCCGCAGCGACCUGACCACGGGUUUCGACGCCGCCGAUUGAUUAUUCACUGCGUGCACCACGGCCAUGUUGUCUGAGAGAAAGACCACCUUCCCUUCCCACAGCCCUUCCCCCCACAGAGCCAUCACCACGACCAGCGGGAACAGUUCCAAGAAAGCCAGGUUACGCAUGAGGGUGCUCGGUCCCCACUCCUCCGGCCACCGCUCCGCACACCAUCUACCCCCGAAGCCUACGCUACCCGACGCGUCGGUGAACAGCACCAGUUCUGCCAUCAACACGCCCUCCUGCCUAAAGAACACCGUCCUAUUGAAAUCCCACAGGAAGGCAUCCCAUAUUGCCAAGUCGGCCCUCAUGGCUGAUGAUACCCGUAUGAAAUGGCGUGGGAAUCGUGUCGCUGCUGACAAGCUACGGCUGAAGACCCUUGUUACGAUUGCAGGAGGGUUGAUCGCUUGGAUGUCCUGGUUCCCGCUGCAGAGAGUCGAACGGAGGUCUUUCGGUAGUAAGCUGCAAAUGUAGAAUAUCCCCAAGCACGAUAUGAGCAUCAAUAUCCCGGAUCCCUACAACAUGAGUCGAGGCUGCAAGUUGAGGGUCAAAACGAACUGGCUUUACUGGCACAUAGCAUGGCAAUUUAUGUGAUUCCUCAGGCCCCCUGUGGACCUGAUGGAAUACAGGUACAGUACAAACAGGUAACCAAUCACAGUACACUGUAUCAUUUGAAUUAGUACCCGCCCAGCUUGGAGAUAAUGAGGCCAACGGUUUUACAAUCUAAUUAUCUCCAAGCGCACAAAAGACCACGUUUUAUUAUGUCCCAGAAAACUACAUAAAAAUCCAUAACUUGUACAUUAUUACAGGAAAACCAUUCAUUCUACCAUUCAUCUGAAGGCUCACGUUCGUAUAGAUAAAACAGGCGAAUGGCGCUCUAAUCCCACGAACAGAAUGUACUGUUUCUGCCGUAUAAAGUCCGUUCGGCAUUUUGAGAUUUAGUCUUUGUUGGCGGCCAUGUUUUCUGCUGGUUUAGCGAGCAGAGGGACUUCGUGUCUAACUCGUGGAACUAAACUCGGUAUCAGUUCAUGCGAAGUCCCGCUGUCUGUCUGGUAGUGGGCUCGUUCGGUAAGAGAAUGAGGACCACCUGGGAGCAGGGUACUUGACCUGCGGUUAACCGCAGAAACCACAGUUAAUGAGCGCCACGCGACCCGCUGUAGGGGGUCGUCGUUCGGUGGAUAGUUCGGUAUUUUCCCUUCGGUACUUUGGGUGCGAACGUCGAUGCCCCCAGGCAUAUCAAUUACGUUGUGGUUAACCGCAAACCGCAGCCACCUGGGUGGUUAAUGGCUGCCACACUCCGCGGGCCGGGUGGUCGACCGUUCGGUAGUUUGCGGGGUGACGGGGUUAAGUGGCGGCACACGCCAGUUUCUGGGGGGUCCCCCGUUCGUACCACGAAUGGAGCCUUCAUAAGGGUUCGCGUAAUCCAUUCGUGUGGUUUUCUGCUUAACUUAUGCAGUGGCAAACAGUAUCAAUCGGUGGAUAUUGGUGCGGUGUAAGUGACAAGGACCUACACCUAUAAGUGGAGCGCUCAAACACAGAUAAAUCUUACCAAAACGUAGUCUCAUUCAAUGGUGAAAUAUGGGGUACAUGUCAACAUAAAAUACAGAAAAUACAAUAUAGUGUAGACGGUACUAAAAAAUGGCUUCACAGUGAUUAUAAUAAUAUUGUGUUGAAUAUUACACUCACAUUUCAAGGAGCCUGUAUAUAGAAAACACUGGCUCCGUAUAAAGGCUUGUGUGCUGUUAUGGUAGCACCACCCUCCUACUUCGGCUUGAAGAAUUUCUCAGGAGUACGAAAAAAAAAGAGAAGAAAGCAAACCAAUGUGUAGACUUAUGGUUAUAGAUGGCACAGAUAUGUGUUCAAUAAAUGGGGUGCUCACCUGGUCCUGAGCCUACGAAUCCCGGCUCUAGGUAUGUGGAUUUUGUGCCAGUUUGAAUGGGGAUGGCACUACCCCUGUGAGGAUUCCUUGGAGGCUCCAAAAGGAACUUGGAUGAGGUAUUGAAUAAAAAUGGUGAAUUUAUUAGUUUAAAAUAAACAUAAAAACAAAGAUGAUAAAAGUCCUCAAAUAAAAGUCCUUUAAAAAUGGCCAAUACGCGUUUCACUCUCAAAUAGAGCUUCUAAUAAAUUCACCAUUUUUAUUCAAUACCUCAUCCAAGUUCCUUUUGGAGCCUCCAAGGAAUCCUCACAGGGGUAGUGCCAUCCCCAUUCAAACUGGCACAAAAUCCACAUACCUAGAGCCGGGAUUCGUAGGCUCAGGACCAGGUGAGCACCCCAUUUAUUGAACACAUAUCUGUGCCAUCUAUAACCAUAAGUCUACACAUUGGUUUGCUUUCUUCUCUUUUUUUUUCGUACUCCUGAGAAAUUCUUCAAGCCGAAGUAGGAGGGUGGUGCUACCAUAACAGCACACAAGCCUUUAUACGGAGCCAGUGUUUUCUAUAUACAGGCUCCUUGAAAUGUGAGUGUAAUAUUCAACACAAUAUUAUUAUAAUCACUGUGAAGCCAUUUUUUAGUACUGUCUACACUAUAUUGUAUUUUCUGUAUUUUAUGUUGACAUGUACCCCAUAUUUUACCAUUGAAUGAGACUACGUUUUGGUAAGAUUUAUCUGUGUUUGAGCGCUCCACUUAUAGGUGUAGGUCCUUGUCACUUACACCGCACCAAUAUCUACUAAAUUUAUUCAGUGGAAUAGAGGAUAUUUCCACACUAGUGUAUUGAGCUGCCUGUAAAUCACUUUUUGACUCUUUUGAGCACUUUUGUUAUACACACUCCUCUGUAAAAAGAGGCAACCUUUGAUUGGUAUUCAUAGUAUCAAUCGGUGAGUUAAAACAGCAACAUAGUGAUUUCCAGUCUUUUGUAACAAUGCUCCCUCUUUGUGGAACACUCUGGCAGACACUGUCUGACCCCUUUUCGGGGCAGACUAAGGCUGUCCAGACUCGUGGGGUUAUGCUGGGCUGAGAUCUGUUUGCCGGGAUAAUCCAUCUGCGUUGCCGUUCUGCUUCCCAGGUCGGUAGGUGAUUGUGAAAUUAAAGGGUUGCAGGGAUAAGCUCCAGCGUAACAAUCUGCCAUUGUCCCCAGCGACCCGGUUGAGCCACACCAGCGGGUUAUGGUCUGUAACUAGAGUGAACUCUUGUCCAUACAAAUAGGGGGUUAACUUCUUUAGUGCCCACACCAGAGCCAAACACUCCUUUUCUACCGCUGCAUAGCUGACUUCGCGUGGUAGGAGUUUUCGACUGAUGUAGGCAAUCGGGUGUUCUUUCCCAUCAUCUCCUACUUGGCUGAGGACAGCUCCCAGCCCGAACAUGGAAGCGUCUGUAUGGACAAUAAAACGUUGAUUAGGGGCUGGGGCAGCCAAGACAGGAGCAUUAAUCAACGCAGUUUUGAGGGCUUGGAAAGCUGUUUCACAGUGGGGAGACCACAGGACCUGUCGGGGAAGGUUUUUCUUUGUCAGGUCGGUCAGGGGUUUGGCAAUGGCGCUAUACUGCGGUACAAAUUUUCUGUAGUACCCAGCGGUACCCAGAAAGGCUAGCACUUGGGUCUUAGUGUGGGGAGUGGGCCAGUUGGCGACCGCUUCUAUUUUAGCUGGCUCUGGUCGUUUCCCACAGCCUACCCGGUGACCCAGGUACUGAACCUCAGCCAUCCCAAAGUGACAUUUUUCGGGCUUUAGCGUCAGGCCGGCGGCUCGAAUCUGGUCUAGGACUAUUCCCACAUGAGCCAAGUGUUCUUCCCAGGAUUCACUGUGGAUCGCUAUGUCCAGAUAUGCGCAGGCAAACUCCUGGAAGCCAUCAAGGAGUCUGUCCACCAAGCGCUGGAAGGUAGCGGGGGCAUUCUUCAUCCCGAAUGGCAUGACCUUAAAGUGGUACAGACCGAACGGGGUGACGAAGGCCGACUUGGGGACAGCCUCCCUGGCCAGGGGGAUUUGCCAGUAACCCUUACAGAGGUCAAUGGUAGUUAGGUAGUUCCCCCUGGCUAUGCGAUCUAGCAGCUCAUCCACUCUGGGCAUGGGGUAGGCAUCGGUGACAGUUUUGUCAUUGAGUUUCCGGUAGUCCACACAGAAUCUGGUGGUGCCGUCCUUUUUGGGAACCAGCACCACCGGGGAUGCCCAGGGACUAUCGGAAGCUUCAAUGACCCCUAGUCGCAGCAUCUCGUCUAUUUCCUUUUUCAUGCCUGUCCUUACUGCCUUCCGGAAUUCGGUAGGGCGCCUGUCUCAAAGGGUUUUGGCCGGGGUUAUCUACUUGGUGAGUAGUCAGCUCAGUGUACCCUGGCUCUUGGGAGAACAUGGCUUGUUUCUCUCGGAGCAGUUUGUGUAGCUGCUCCCUCUCAACUUGGCUAAGUCUGUCCCUGAUCUGCACUUGGCUCACUAUUUCAACCGGGGAGUUGGAGGUUAAUAGGUCGGGUAUAGGGAGACUAUCUGCGUCCUCGUGUGCAGGGCUACAUAUGGCUACCACUUCCUCGGGUCUCUGCAAGUAUUCCUUCAACAUGUUCACGUGAAAUAUCUUCCUUAAGUUUUCAUCGUGACAGCUGGCAAUUACAUAAGUGGUGUCUCCUCUCUUCUCUACUAUCUGGUAGGGACCCUGCCAGGCUGCUUGUAGCUUGUCUGCCUUAACUGGUUUUAGUACCAUGACUUUCUGUCCAAGACAGAAGCUUCUCCGCCGUGCCCCCCGGUCGUACCAGACUUUCUGUCGCCCCUGGGCCGCCUGGAGGAUGGCCUGGACUGACUUAGCCAAUUGCUCCAUUCGGUCCCUGAGCUCUAGUACGUAAGGCACGAUGGGGACCCCGGCGUUCUCUGUCUCCCUCUCUCCCUCCCAGUGCUCACGGAUCAGGUUCAGGGGACCCCGUACCUUGCGACCGUAUAACAGCUCAAAGGGAGAGAACCCGGUGGUUUCCUGGGGCACUUCCCGGUAAGCGAACAGGAGGUGCGGCAGGAAACGUUCCCAGUCCCUAUACUCCUGGGUAAAGGUUUUUAACAUCUGCUUGAGGGUUCCGUUGAACCGCUCACAUAGCCCAUUGGUCUGGGGGUGGUACGGGGAGCUAAGAAGGGAUUUUAUUUUGCAAACGUGCCAUAGCUGCUGGGUCAGUUCGGCCGUGAACUGUGAUCCCCUGUCGGAUAGGAUCUCCCUAGGGAAUCCUACCCGAGAAAACACCUGCACUAAUGCAUUAGCCACCGUGUCUGCCUGGAUAUUAGAUAAAGCUACAGCUUCUGGGUAGCGGGUAGCAUAGUCCACUAUGGUAAGAAUGUAUCUCUUGCCCGAGGGACUAGGGGUGGCCAGGGGCCCAACUAAGUCAAUGGCUACCCGGCUAAACGGCUCGUCGAUAAUGGGCAUGUUAACGAGGUGUGCCUUGGGGUGGUCUCCUCGUUUGCCUACCCGUUGGCACACCUCGCACGUAUUACAAUAGGACCUCACAUCUGCAUGUACUCCUGGCCAGAACAAGGUAUGGGUAAUACGGUGCAGGGUACGGGUUACUGCCAAGUGCCCGGCUAAGGGAAUAUCAUGACCCACCCGGAGGAUAUCCCGCCUAUACUUGUGGGGUAUUACUAACUGUCUCCUCCGGUGGCCCUUUUUCUCGGUGUGUCGGUACAGUCGGCCCUGUUCCCACGCAAAAGUCUCCUGGUCUGGUCCCCCAGCCCCUGUAUCAGCCCUUUCCCUAUAUUUUUGGAGCGUCGGGUCAGUUUUGGUCUCAACCUCAAAGGCUGCAGGGGUGUCCCAGGGCAAAGGGGUAGGAGGGGGGGUCACAGUCGGGUUAAGACCUGCCUCCCGCACUGGUGAAGGGUCUCGUACUCGUCCUGCUUGUGACCGGGUCGUCACGGGAUGUGCCUCAGCGUUGUAAGAAGGAGCAUAAGCUGAGGUCAUAGGUCCCAGGUCGUUUCCCAGCAAAACUUCAGCUGGCAAAUUAUCCAUAAUUCCCACCCGCACAAGUCCUUUGCCCGCACCCCAAUCCAAGUGUACCUUUGCUGUGGGUAGUUUGUAUAUGUCCCCUCCAGCCACCCGGACAGCCACUGUGUCAGGAGAGCGUUUGUAUUCGGGAACUAACCGGCUUUGUACCAAGGUGAUCGUGGCCCCGGUGUCUCUUAACCACUGUGUGGGACGACCCUCCAGCAGUACCUCUUGCCGGUGGUGUUGUCUAUUGUCACUGGCGGCAUACACAGGGUUAGCUUCAUGUAGGGGUCCCAGGUACUCUUCUAAAGGACUGUCUUGUUCCAGGCAAACGCUCGAGCUGGGCGAUUGUUUCCCGUUGAAGAGGAAUUGUAGUUCCUUGCGGGGUAAUUGUUGUUGAGGGGGCAACUCGCUAUCAGGUGCCCCGGUUGCUUGCACUUGUAACAUGUGGGUCGGGAGCGCUCCUGCGGGCAUUGACUGGGUGGUCCCGUGUACCGUGUAGGGCCUGCCGGUACAGGGGUGCGAAACUCCGUUCGUGGAGUUGGUCGGUACCCCUCUCUUGCUUCGGGGCGAGUUACCGUUCGGGUAUUGCUGAACUCCUGAACUUGCGCAUCCCGGUGUUCGUCCGCCAACCUGGCGGCUUCAUGUAGAUUAGCGGGACGCCGGUCUUUCAACCACUCCCUGUCUUUUUGUUCCAGACCCUCAUAAAAAUGUUCAAGUAAAAAUAGUUCUAGUACCUCUGCUGCGGUAACGGCCCGACACCCGGUAAUCCAAUGGUUAGCCGCUCUCCGCAUGCGGUGUGCCCAUUCGGCAUGUGUGUCGUUCGCCUUUUUCUUCGUGCUGCGGAACUGCCUUCGGUAGGUGUCUGGGGUCACAGCGUACCGUUUCAGCAGCGUCUCUUUUACUGUGGGGUAUUGGGCUACCUCUUCGGCGCUGAGGGUUCUGAAGGCUUCCAUGGCCUGCCCGGUUAAUUUUCCUGCCAGGAUACAUGGCCAUGCUGCGACGGGGGUCUGAUGCAGGGCACAUUGUCUUUCAAAAUCGGCCACAAAUUCGUCUAUCCCCAUCUCAUUCUCCGCGAACGGCUUGAAUGCCGCGAAAGGAAUCUUUGGCUGUUCGGCAGUUUCCAGGGAGCCGUUGUGGCUAUCAGCGGUCCUCAUGCUCAGCUCGUGGGCUCUAGUCCGCUGUACGUCCGCCUCGGCUUCGGCCAUUAGUUGCUGUAUCAGCUCCACGGAUGGGUUCGGUCCGUACAGAGGCAGCCUUUCUCGGACAAUCCUGGUCUUCUCAUCGCUGAAUGCUGCCGUCGGUUCUGCCAUUGUGAAGCUUUGAUCCAACUCGUUCAGGUCGGCAAUCAAUUCUCUCCUCGGCCGGUUACUUGCGUUCCCUCCACGGCUCUCGAGUAAAUCCUUUAACGUGGUACGCUUCAGCUUAUCGUAGUUACUCUCCAUCCGUCCUAUAUAUCUCUUUCAGGAAUUCCAGGAUGGUCCCACCGCUGCCACCAAUUGUUACGAUUGCCCCCGGUCUAGCAGGAGGGUUGAUCGCUUGGAUGUCCUGGUUCCCGCUGCAGAGAGUCGAGCGGAGGUCUUUCGGUAGUAAGCUGCAAAUGUAGAAUAUCCCCAAGCACGAUAUGAGCAUCAAUAUCCCGGAUCCCUACAACAUGAGUCGAGGCUGCAAGUUGAGGGUCAAAACGAACUGGCUUUACUGGCACAUAGCAUGGCAAUUUAUGUGAUUCCUCAGGUCCAAGGACAGCCCCCUGUGGACCUGAUGGAAUACAGGUACAGUACAAACAGGUAACCAAUCACAGUACACUGUAUCAUUUGAAUUAGUACCCGCCCAGCUUGGAGAUAAUGAGGCCAACGGUUUUACAAUCUAAUUAUCUCCAAGCGCACAAAAGACCACGUUUUAUUAUGUCCCAGAAAACUACAUAAAAAUCCAUAACUUGUACAUUAUUACAGGAAAACCAUUCAUUCUACCAUUCAUCUGAAGGCUCACGUUCGUAUAGAUAAAACAGGCGAAUGGCGCUCUAAUCCCACGAACAGAAUGUACUGUUUCUGCCGUAUAAAGUCCGUUCGGCAUUUUGAGAUUUAGUCUUUGUUGGCGGCCAUGUUUUCUGCUGGUUUAGCGAGCAGAGGGACUUCGUGUCUAACUCGUGGAACUAAACUCGGUAUCAGUUCAUGCGAAGUCCCGCUGUCUGUCUGGUAGUGGGCUCGUUCGGUAAGAGAAUGAGGACCACCUGGGAGCAGGGUACUUGACCUGCGGUUAACCGCAGAAACCACAGUUAAUGAGCGCCACGCGACCCGCUGUAGGGGGUCGUCGUUCGGUGGAUAGUUCGGUAUUUUCCCUUCGGUACUUUGGGUGCGAACGUCGAUGCCCCCAGGCAUAUCAAUUACGUUGUGGUUAACCGCAAACCGCAGCCACCUGGGUGGUUAAUGGCUGCCACACUCCGCGGGCCGGGUGGUCGACCGUUCGGUAGUUUGCGGGGUGACGGGGUUAAGUGGCGGCACACGCCAGUUUCUGGGGGGUCCCCCGUUCGUACCACGAAUGGAGCCUUCAUAAGGGUUCGCGUAAUCCAUUCGUGUGGUUUUCUGCUUAACUUAUGCAGUGGCAAACAGUAUCAAUCGGUGAGUUAAAACAGCAACAUAGUGUCUUUUGUAACAACCCUAUCCAUUGGAAUCACCCGGCAUGCAAAGUUCAGCAUCCCGAUCAAUGACUGCAGCUGUCGCAGGGGGACCUUGCGAGCCUGUGCCACCGCUGCCACCUCCCCUUUCAGCCUCUGCAGAUUUGCUAUCGGCAGCCGACACUCCCCUUGCACAGAGUCUAUCUCCAGCCCUAGGAAACUAAGGCACGUAGCCGGGCCUUCCGUUUUGUAUGCCGCCAAACGCUGCCUGAACUGCUCGUCGUACCGCCACCAUGCCAGUCUACCAUAGGAGCGGUACGCCUCCCAAAUUCCGUCCAAAUAACAAAACAGGGUGGAGCCCAUGCCAAGGAGGCCCCUUGCCUGUGGUUCCAGGGGCCCUCCGUGCACUCCUCCCGUACUGGCCCCGCCGUUCACCGUCAAGGGUGGAGGGGGAGCCCUCCCGGGCUGUAACCCUGUGCCAUCUUCGAAUCCAGGGGGCCGCCCGAUGUCCCCGUGGCACCCGCUCCAGGUGUGGCCCUCCCCGAACUGGGAGCUGCGCCGUCCUCCUCUCGGGCAGCUGCCCACCGGCUACUGCUCCUCCGACGCCCCGGUAGUGUGCUGGGAGGCGGUGCCUCAACCACGCGGCUACUGGGUCUGUUGCGGCCUGGUCCCGCCGCCACACGGCUUCUGGCGCAAUCUUCACCGGGCCCCGCGUCCGGGCUCAGCCUUCUCGGCGGUCUCCUGGCCCGCACCGGACAACCUCCGCCGCCAUAAGGAUCCGCUGCUCCCGCCAGGGCCGGUCCAAGUUGGGCCCACAGCUAGUCCACACCAUGUCCUUCCAGCUGCCGACCGGAUCCCCUCCAGCAGCUUCUCCAUGUCAUCCAUCGUCCCAGCAGAAACGAGAGAAAACAAGGGACCCACCAAGCCAAAUCUGUGGACACAGGAGUGUACACAAACUCGGCCAGGUAGGAAAUUAAAAGUGAAUCAUUUAAAAUGGAUGCCUAUUUAAAUAGCCAAGUCUUCUUACCCAUAACCCCAUUCCUUCCUUGCUUCCUCCUAUGCCUGCCUCCUAACCCCUGUCAAGGCCUUUUUUUGCUUAGCUGCGCUUUGGCUACAUGGGGCUACAGGAUAGUGGAUAAAAGAAAGGAGAGGGGAGGCAGUAGAACAGUGAUGGCGAACCUAUGGCACGCCGAGCCUUCUCUGUGGGCACGCGGCCAUAGUUUAGCUUUGUCUCCAACUAGUGCCAAAACAAUAUAUUGUCUCUAUAUACUCUCUUUAUCUAUUAAUAAAAGUUAUGUUUUAAAAUAUACUACCACUUAUACUCGAGGGGUUAAGAGCUUGUUCUGGAGAGUGAUUUGAUUCUUCACUUGUCUGAGAUCUUUUUUUUGUACUGUUACAGGUAAGCGUUAUCUCUAAGAAAAAUAUUCUGAUUGUACAAGGUUUGAUUUCCUGUUGGUAAUUGGUAAGGCAUUUGAUUUGAAUAAGUAGGUGUUUGUUAAUAAGGUAUCGAUUGUAUGUUAUCAAGCAUAGGCCAACUCAGGUGUAAAACAUUUAUAGGGGGUGCUGCUUUUAGGAGUUAUAUAAGGGUUGGAGAAAUCAGCUUGGGUGCUGCUACAAAGUGUACUUACUUGGAGAUAGUCUGAGGUAUAUAGGAAGUGGAAAAAAAAUUGAAACGUAAGUUUUGUUUGAUUUAAAUUCUUCAUCAGAGUUCAGAGAAGGGCUGCUAAACUGGUUCAUGGAUUGCGGGAUAAAACUUACCAGGAAAGGUUAAAGGAUCUUAACAUGUAUAGCUUGGAGGAAAGACGAGACAGGAGGGAUAUGAUAGAAACAUUUAAAUAUAUAAAGGGGAUCAACACAGUAAAGGAGGAGACUAUAUUUAAAAGAAAAAAAAAUACCACAACAAGAGGACAUAGUCUUAAAUUAGAGGGACAAAGGUUUAAAACUAAUAUCAGGAAGUAUUACUUUACUGAGAGGGUAGUGGAUGCAUGGAAUAGCCUUCCAGCUGAAGUGGUAGAGGUUAACACAGUAAAGGAGUUUAAGCAUGCGUGGGAUAGGCAUUAGGCUAUCCUAACUAAGAUAAGGCUAGGGACUAAUGAAAGUAUUUAGAAAAUUGGGCAGACUAGAUGGGCCGAAUGGUUCUUAUCUGCCGUCACAUUCUAUGUUUCCCUCCAGUUAUGUGCCGGGUUUAUAGAUCUACAGGAAGCUAUGGUCAUUUCAUCAUAUUUGCCUUUCUUUCUGCAGGUCUCGGUUGCUGCCCUGAACUUGGGUUGGUGGCCACAUCUGGAAGAGACAGAAAGGUUCGCAUUUGGAAUCAGCAUAAUCAGCUGCUCAGGUUUGCUGUCUUCUGGUAAUCAGUCAUAGCACGAUUUUCUUCUGCGCAGUGUCCAAUCACAGCACGGUAUUUAAACACAGUGUCCAAUCAUAGCACGAUAUCCUACUGCACAAUGUCCAAUCACAGCAAGGUAUUUAAACACAGUGUCCAAUCAUAGCACGAUAUCCUACUGUACAGUGUCCAAUCACAGCUCAGUAUUUAAACACAGUGUCCAAUCAUAGCACGAUAUCCUACUGCGCAGUGUCCAAUCACAGCAAGGUAUUUAAACACAGUGUCCAAUCACAGCACGGUAUUUAAACACAGUGUCCAAUCACAGCAAGGUAUUUAAACAGUUUUUAAACCGAUUCCAAUCACAGCACGGUAUCUAACUGCGCAGCCCCAAUUCACAGCAGAGUAUUUCAUCCCUUUCUUUCUCAAACUAGGAGCUCCUGGAAAGGGUAACCAUGCGUCCCCAUUUGCCCUGUCCGUGUCCUGUUUGAUUUAUAUAUCAACAUACAAAACUAAACCCUGCAUUUAAACUCCCACUACUCCUGGGCAGCAGCAAUGACUAAAGUACACGUCAGCCCCAAUACUUACAAUAAAAACCAAAGAACAAAGUUACUUGUGCCCUAUCCCAAAUCCCUAUGCAUAUUUAAGUAACUGGAGGCUUGACUUGGCAGAUGAGCUUACUAUUUAAAGGCUAUUAGAGUGAUUCUAAAAACCUCCAGUUAUUUAUUAUUAAAUGUUAUUUAAAUGUACAUGGGUAAUUGGGAUAGUGUGCAGGUUACUAUUUGUUUUAUUUCAUUUAUAAAUCAGCCAAGAGGUGUGCUGAAUGAGGUCACUGAACCUCUGGAACGGGUGGGUGAGUUUUCUUUUUCUAUCUCCUCUUCAGGACAUUGUGUCUGAAUGACACCCCUCAGAGCUUAGCUUUCAGCAAAGGUGGAGCAGAACUUCUGUUAGGAGUGCGCACUAAUGUGUAUCGAAUCAACCUCUCCAGAUUGCUGCCUAUGUCGUAUCAACUCAAGGUACCUUUCAACACAUCAACGGCGUAUUUUCAUAUUAAUAUUCUCAGCUCUGUGACUCUAUGUAUGUUGGCACCCCUGGACUAUAGAACACGUUUGUGUGCCGCUCCCUCACCAAUCCCAUUUUGUUAUGGAAAUUACACACACACUCUCUCGCUGGAGCGAAGCUUCAUUCCUUGGGUUCAUUGGAUAUACUGACUGUGGAAGCCGAGCUGUCUGACGACUGAUUGACAUAACCCUACUACAUAAUGAUCUCUGUGUCUGUGAUAUUGUUUAACAGGCUGUCAUUGUUGAUUAUAAUAGUUUAUUAUUUCCCAGGACAUACUUUAAAACUAGCGGAAUCUCAAUGUAUCCAUCCUGGUAAAAUAUUUUAUAAAUAAAUAAAUUAUAAAAGUUAUUUGUUUAUAUAUUUACUGGAUUCAAGUUGAUAAAAUCCCACCGCACAUACUGUAUGUUUGUCUUCUCUUUCAGCUCCAGGCAAUGUUUCUCGAGUCGUCAUCACUCCCUGUUGAUCCUCCGAUACCUAUUCUGAGCUCUGCUCUGCUGGCCAUGUCGGAGGAAGAUCGGAGGCGACUCACUCAGACACACUCCAUACUGUCCAGGUACCAAAAAUCUUCUACAGUCUGUUCUCUGUUCACUUCUUUGUGAUUAACCUAACCUUAUUUUUUCAUUUUCAGUCCUGGAGUGGAGGUGCCAAGGAACCUACAGGAGAGUAAAGAGAAAAGCGAGGUACAAGAUUGUGUAAAAAUUGUAAAAGCGACAGGGAAGUUUGUGUUUAAAUAACAAUCCCCCCCCCCCUGUUAGGAAUAUACUCGGCUUUGCACUAGAGAUCAAGAGCUGCAACUUCUACUGGAAGGAAGGCUGGAGCACUCCAAGAAAACGAAGAUCAGCAAGAAAAACAAGAGGGAUGCCAUGGAAAGAUAUCUUCAGCUCCUGUAUAGAGACAUAGCCUGCAUAAAGGUGAGUGUGCACUCAGAGAUGCUAGGAAAAGCUGUGAGAGAGCAUAGUAUAAUAAAAAUCAGAGAGUAA